AACGCAUCCUAAUCCCGCCCCGCCGCUCAGGAGCCAUUUUGGUCCCACCUAAAACAGACCAGAACCGCUUCACUUUGGGCCGCUGGAGAUGGAAGCAAUCGAGCCCGGGUGUCUGUGUCUCCUAGACUUUUUGAACCCCACUAAAAAAAUCAACAACUGAGGAUAAACGGAUUCAUUUUGGGAGUAAAGAUUAAAAAACUAAAAACAACUGUCGCGAUUUUUGACGAGCGGCGGCCCCUUCACGGACUCACAGACAAACGGACACUGAUUUAAUUUCGUCCUUUCAGGUCAAAAACAGGACAUGGACGCGCCACAUAAAAACUGAAAACGGUGUUUUUACACUCUGCUGAGUUUUUACAUGUUUCGGAUCAUCUCAGCUGUUUGUCUCAACACGUCCGGUCUGGUUCGGAGAGUGUCACGACCCAUGCUCAGGCUGUUUUUUCCCACACAGCUGCAAAGCCAAGAAAUAACUUUUUUCCGGCUGGCCCAGUAAAAACAAGGACUGCUGAAGGGAGGCCGAAUAAAAGAUGUCAACAAAAACUCCUUUACCGACAGUCAACGAGAAGCAGACGGAGAGUCACACGUCUCACAGCAACGGGCGCCAGGAGCUCAGCGGCACGCGCUCCGCCCGCACCGGCGUGCGAACCCGCGGCUCAGAUGAGCCGCAGCAGCCCCACGUCGGAAACUACCGGCUGCUCAAGACCAUCGGCAAAGGCAACUUCGCCAAAGUCAAGCUGGCACGGCACAUCCUCACCGGCAGAGAGGUGGCGAUUAAAAUAAUCGACAAGACGCAGCUGAACCCCAACAGCCUCCAGAAGCUCUUCAGAGAAGUCAGAAUAAUGAAAAUCUUAAACCAUCCUAAUAUUGUCAAGCUGUUUGAAGUGAUCGAGACGGAGAGGACGCUCUAUCUGGUGAUGGAGUACGCCAGCGGAGGUGAGGUGUUCGACUACCUGGUGGCGCACGGGAGGAUGAAAGAAAAAGAGGCCAGAGCUAAAUUUAGACAGAUCGUGUCGGCGGUGCAGUACUGCCACCAGAAGCACAUCGUUCACAGGGACCUCAAGGCGGAGAACCUUCUGCUCGACGCUGACAUGAACAUAAAGAUCGCCGAUUUCGGCUUCAGCAACGAGUUCACUCUGGGCAACAAGCUGGACACGUUCUGCGGCUCGCCGCCGUACGCCGCGCCGGAGCUCUUCCAGGGAAAGAAGUAUGACGGGCCGGAGGUGGACGUCUGGAGCCUGGGUGUCAUCCUGUACACGCUGGUCAGCGGCUCGCUGCCCUUCGAUGGACAGAACCUUAAGGAGCUGCGUGAGCGAGUCCUCAGGGGGAAGUACCGCAUCCCGUUCUACAUGUCCACAGACUGCGAGAACCUGCUCAAACGGUUCCUGGUGCUGAACCCGGCCAAGCGCGGUACUCUGGAGCAAAUCAUGAAGGAUCGAUGGAUCAACGCAGGCUUCGAGGACGACGAGCUCAAACCUUACACAGAACCAGAACUGGACAUCACGGACCAGAAGAGGAUAGAUGUGAUGGUGGGAAUGGGCUACAACCUGGAGGAGAUCCAGGACUCUUUAGCCAAGAUGAAGUACGACGAGAUCACAGCGACGUACCUGCUGCUGGGCAGGAAGGCCUCCGAGCUGGAGCCCAUCGAGUCCGCCUCCAGCAGCAAUCUGUCCCUGUCCAAACCGAGGCCCAACAGCGAGCUGAACGGUCAGUCGCCCUCCCACCUCAAAGUUCAGAGGAGCGUCUCCUCCAACCACAAGCAGAGGCGCUACAGUGAACAAGUGGGUCAGAACGUUCCUCCGGGCAUGGCUCAUCCAAAGAGGAGUCAGACCACCACGGGGGACAACAGUGCGAAGGAUGAAGUCCAGCUCCGGAAGCCGGGCACCCCCGGGAGCCGAGGUGCACCCCCAUCCAGCCCCCUGCUGGGCAACGCCAACAACCCCAACAAGGCUGACAUCCCCGACCGGAGGAAAGGAGCCACCACCGGUCCGAGCAAUAACUCUGCGUCGGCAGGAAUGACGAGGAGGAACACGUAUGUCUGCAGCGACAGAAACAACACGGACCGCCUGUCGGUCAUCCCCAACGGGAAGGAGAACAGUGUUGCAGUGUCGCCCAGCGGCCAGAGGAACCCGGUGGCGUCGACUCACAGCGUCACCAACGCCACCACGCCGGACCGCCUCCGCUUCCCCAGGGGUACCGCCAGCCGCAGCACCUUCCACGGCGGCCAGCUGAGGGACCGCCGCACCGCCACGUACAACGGGCCGCCGGCCUCCCCCACCCUCUCCCACGACGCCACUCCUCUGUCCCAAACCCGCAGCCGCGGAACCAGCAACCUGUUCUCCAAACUCACCUCCAAACUGACCCGCAGAAACAUGUCAUUCAGGUUUACCAAAAGAGUCUCCACCGAGUUUGAGAGAAACGGGAGACCUGAGGGCUCAAGUCGCCAUGUACCUGGGGAUCAAAAAGGGGAAAGUAAAGACGGUAAGCCCCGCUCCCUCCGAUUCACUUGGAGUAUGAGAACCACCAGCUCCAUGGAGCCCGGCGACAUCAUGCGGGAGAUCCGUAAGGUCCUGGACGCCAACAGCUGCGACUACGAGCAGCAGGAGAGCUUCCUGCUGCUCUGCGUCCACGGAGACGGGCGGGCUGAGAACCUGGUCCAGUGGGAGAUGGAGGUUUGCAAGCUGCCCCGCCUCUCGCUCAACGGCGUCCGCUUCAAACGGAUAUCCGGGUCGUCCAUCGCUUUCAAAAACAUUGCUUCCAAAAUCGCCAACGAGUUAAAACUAUGAAGAAAACGAUCUGUGUCCAAAUAAAUCCACGGAGAGGUAUUUAAGCUGUACAAUCAUCUGAGUAGCAGUUUUUAUAACAAACCAGAGUCUGUAUUGAAUGUUCUGAUGUAGAUCAAAGCUUUUAGCAAUAAUGACUAACGUCUCAGUGUGACAGGAAGCCCGGACGACGAAUGUGGACACAAAACAUUUCUGGUCUUAUUUAUUUCACCUUUUUAUUUUCUGGAGGAGACGACGUAACUUUUGGUUUUGUGUAAAUAAUGUAUCUUUAAAACAAUGACGUCACAGAUCGUUUUUUUUUUCUUUUUGUAUUUUGUUAACAAUUAGAAAUGGAGAGUCUGUAACGCCCACAUGGUCUAAAGGUCACUCGUGUCGCAAUUAAAGUGUCUGUCGA